AUGCCAGACUACAAAGGAAGCGAGCUAGAACUCAAAUGCAUCAACACCAUCCGUGCCGUCAGUGCCGAUCAACCCGAAUCGGCCCAAUCCGGACAUCCAGGAGCUCCCAUGGGUUGCGCUCCCAUGGCGUAUUUGCUAUGGACGGAACUCAUGAAGUACUCCGGCAAGGAUCCAAAGUGGAUGGGCCGAGAUCGCUUUGUGUUGUCCAACGGACACGCCUGUGCCCUCCAAUACACCAUGUUGCAUUUGACUGGCUACAAUAUGACCAAGGAGGAUCUUUCCCAGUUUCGUAGAUUGGGAAGCAAAACGCCCGGCCAUCCUGAGUGUUUCUUGACGGAAGGCAUUGAAGUCUGCACUGGUCCACUCGGAACUGGUAUUUCCAAUGCCGUCGGUAUGGCCAUUGCCGAAGCACACUUGGCGGCCACCUACAAUACCGACGACUACAAGAUUUUCGACAACAACACCUUUGUCAUUUGCGGAGAUGGCUGUUUGCAAGAAGGCAUUUCCUCAGAGGCCUGCAGUUUGGCAGGCCAUUUGGGUUUGGGCAAAUUGAUUGUCAUGUACGACGACAAUGACAUUACCAUUGACGGAUCUACCGAAUUGUCCUUUACCGAAGACGUCCAAAAACGUUACGAGGCCUAUGGAUGGCACGUCCAAGAAAUCAAGGACGUCGUGACGCAAUUGGAUGAUUUGAGAGCGGCCUUGAAAAGUGCCCGCGAGACGACCGACAAGCCAUCGAUCAUCGCCAUCAAGACCAAGAUUGGUUACGGAUCUCCCAGCAAGGAGGGAACUCAUGGAGCUCACGGUGCUCCUCUUGGCAAGGAAGAUUUGGCCGGAACCAAAAAGUUUUAUGGACUCCCCGAAGAUGAAAUGUUUCACGUUCCAGGAGACGUCCAAAAGUACUUUGACGAGGUGACCAGUAAGAAUAACGCCGUCAUGGCCGAUUGGCACGUCAUGUUUGCCAAGUACAAGGCGGCAUAUCCGGAAAAGGCCAUGGAAAUUGAACGUCGAUUUGCCGGCAAUCUAUUGCCACAGGGGACCUUUGACAAGUUUCCAAAGUUUGAAAUUGGCAAGGACAAGGAUUUGGCCACUCGUCAAAUGAGCCAAAAAUGUUUGGAUGCCAUUUGCCCAUCUCUUCCAGAACUCAUUGGUGGAUCGGCCGAUUUGACUCCAAGUAACUUGACCCACUAUGAAGGUGCCAUUGACUUUCAAAAGAAUACCCCCGAAGGACGAUACAUGCGCUUUGGUGUCCGCGAACAUGCCAUGGGCGCCAUAUCCAAUGGAAUCUUUGCCUAUGGUGGAUCCCGACCUUAUUGUGCUACCUUUUUGACCUUUGCCGGAUACAUGGCGGGGGCCAUUCGUUUGUCGGCACUCAGUAAAUUCGGAAUCCUAUACAUCUUUACCCAUGACUCGAUUGGAUUGGGAGAAGAUGGACCCACCCAUCAACCGAUUGAAACUUUGGAAAUGUUGCGCUCCAUGCCCAAUAUCAAUGUCUUUCGACCGGGUGAUUCCAACGAAAUGUCAGCUGCCUAUCAAAUUGCAUUGGUAAAGCGCGAGACUCCCACUGCCAUUUGCUGCUCCCGAUCCAAGGUUCCGGCCAUUGCUGGAUCGUCCCAUGAAAUGGCCAUGAAGGGUGCCUAUGCCUGCGUACAAGUCGAGUCGCCAGCCCUCAUUUUGAUUGCCACUGGAAGUGAAGUGGGGCCUACCAUUGAGGCUGCUCAAAAAUUGACGUCCUCCGGUAUCGCCACCCGUGUCGUCAGCAUGCCAUGUCAAGAAAUCUUUUUGGAACAAUCUGUGGAAUAUCAAAAGUCCGUCCUGCCAGGAGAUAUUCCUACCUUGAGCAUUGAAGCCUCCUGCGCCAGUGGAUGGCAUCGAUUCUCCCAUGCGCAAAUUAGCAUGAUUGGAUAUGGAUGUUCCGCACCUGGUGCCGAUCUCUUUGAAUACUUUGGAUUCGGAGCUGGGAACAUUGAAACCAAGGGAAAGGAAUUGGUCGCAUUCUACAAGGCCAACGGGCCGGUCCCCAAUUUGAACAAUCGUCCCGUCUUUAGCAACAACUUGCCACCGCACAAGUGGGAUUAA